UCCAUCAGUGGGCACGUCGUCGUCGGUUAACGGAGGUUUUUCCGAGCCAUACCACAAAAGAAGAAAAAUAAGCAACGGGAAAAAAGACAUCGUGUUGGUGUGAGUGUGUGCUGGUGUUGGUUGGCUCAUAAAAGAUUCAACAGCCUGCCGAGCUAACAAAUAAAUAAAAAAAAAAACGUGUGUUAAACAAAAAAAUUAAAUAAAUAAUUAUACAUAAAUAGCCGAAGAAAGGCAGCACAAGUUUGUAGAAAAAGUGUAAAUUAAUACAAGAGUAUGGUGAAGAGGCCAGAGCAUCGAUAAAAAAGAAAGCAGAGCAGCCUACAAUUGAAUAAAAACAAUCAAAUUUCGGAUGAAACGAAAAUUAACAACAUAAAAUUCGACAAGGGCAGUAAAAAGGAGACUCUCCGCGUCCCUUUCUCGUCCGCUCUCCCCACUUGGAGUAGUCCCCGAAUGUAACGCCGUCGCCUUUAAGCGCCACUUGAUGCCACCGUGACACACAAAAGAGAAAGAAUUGAAAAGCCAAUUGACGAGAAGAUAAACGAGAACGAGGUAAUAAGGAGGCGGUGGCGAUGACACAGUCGCAUCCAAAGACGUCGCCACCCAGAUGACGGGCAGGCAUCAGCAGGAGGAGCCGACGACUCAGGAGCAGAAGUAGCAGCACAACCUCGAGGACAAAACAAGCCGAUCAACGUGUCAACGCGUCGAGUAGAAUGCAAAUAGGCGCUAAAACCGGCAGCCAAAGCAGCAACAACCGCCUCCAACCACCAGAGCCUGAGCCCGAGCCUGAGCCGCCCAUUGAGCCACCCACCAUCCAACUAGGCCAACAUGGCGGAUGCGGACGAUAGCAAGAGUGGCACUGGCAGCGCGGGCAGUGGUAGUGGCAGUGGUCGUGGUAGUGGCGCUGAAUCCCUGCAGCUGCUGACCAAACUGGACAAGGCCGUGUCCACCAACGAUGUUCUGCUGGAUCUCCAACGGGCGCUCACCUACGAGGCUGUCUUCAGCACUCUGGUGGAGCACAAGAUGCAGGCCCUCAAGCGGGACUACGAGGAGCACAAGAAGGCGAAGCGGCGCAAGCGGAAGUCCAUCGGUCGCAUUUUUCUGCCGAAAAAACUCUUUGGCAGCGGAAGUCGCCGUUCCAGCAGGGAGGAUACCCCGCCACCGGAGGAGCACCAGGUCCAGCCUUCACCACCAGCCACUAGUAGCGGGAAGACCAGGGCCCAAAUAAAAGGCAAGACUCGGACGGAUGACAUUGAGGAGGCCUCCGGCUCAGUGGCCAUUUUGCAGCGAUCUCAUCCGAAGCGCCCUGACAACUUGGAGGACAGCCUGGCCAGCACGCUGAGCAACUCCUCGGGAGCCCAGCGACAGCACAAGCACAGCCACAGCUUACUUGUUCGCGCUCAAACGCACACGCCUGCACACCAAAUGGAUGUGGAUGCGGACCGGAGAUCCAUUAGCUCGGAUGCGGAGCUCAGAUUGAAGGCCCAGCUUCCCGCCAAACAUUCCACAACGAUUAACGGCGAGUCGGAACUACUGCCCCCGAUCUCCGGACACGACAAUACCUCGACGACUGCCACAGCAACUGCCACAGUGACCGCCACGGCCCACGGCGGAGUCCUCCACAGCUCCACGCUGGCGGACGACAGCCUGACCGCCUCGCUGCGCGGCAGCCUUGAAAGCCUCUCUUACAGUAGUUCCCGCUGCACCGUCAGCUUUGGCGGAGCGGAGGUGAUCACCGCGUCCGGAGGGGAGGCGGAGUCGAGAGAGCGGGCGCGACUGGCCAAGAGACUGAGGAUCCUGGAGGCCAAGUCCAUCAGCGCCCAGUGCAGCCCCAUCUUUCCCAGGCACGUGGUUCGCUCGUUUCCGCUGCAGUCCCCUCAGCAAGCGCGCCUGCACAUCAAUGUUCCCUCCAGUUUGGCCAAGCCUCAGCCGCAGUUGCAAGUGCAGCAGCAACAGCAUCAGCAUCAGCAGUUGCAACCUCACGUGGCCUUGGAGAUUGAGACGCUACCCGCUCCACUUCCGCAGCGGAGGCGUCUGCUGCCCAAGCAGAUAUCCUGCACUGAGAGCGGAGGAGCAGGAGAUUUCGGAGUGGCAGGAGCGGAGGCCUACAACAGGUAUUUCUCCCGGCAGAACACGUCGGAGGAUAGCGCUAAUGUAACGGUGAGCACGGUGUUGGCGCAAAGCGAUUCCCAGUCGCUGCAUGCCACGCCCAGCUAUGCAAAUACGCCCCCGGCAAUGGGCAGCAGGAGUCAGGAGCGCCGCAAGUCUCGCAGCACUGGAUUGCUGGCUGUGCGACCGCGAUAUGGCGUGGAUCCCAGUGCCGUGGUGAUUCCCAUGGAGGACGGGAGCGUGGAGCGUGGAGGCAGGACGAGGGCACUGGUGCCCGAAAAACUACACCGGAUGACAUCAACGUCGACGGGUUCCAGUGUGGCCGCCACCGGCUGCUGCAGUGCAACGAAGCCGAAGGACAGGCCGAGCGAAGCCUUCAGGCCCUCCGCGAUGCCCUCCUCCGCAGCAAUGACAACGGCCCAGAGCACGGGCAGCGACGAUGAGUACCGGCGGCGGAAACGGAAGUACAAGCGCCAUCAUCGAUGCUCGGAUCCCGCACUGGUCUAUCCCACGCCCAGCGGUCUCCAGCACUAUGUGCACGUGCUCGGCAUCAAUCCGGAUACACAGCAGCCCAUACAAUGCCCGUACGGUGAGGACUCGCCCUGCGACCUGCAGCUGGACAUGGACAUGGACUUGGACCUGGACCUGGACGACGCCGAUAAAAUCGACGACCUUGAGCAGAUGGUCCCCAGUGGUCAUCAGCGGCAUCGCCGAAAGCAUCGACAUCGCCACAAAAAGCGACAUCGGCACAAAAAACCAAAAAUUCUGGUGCAGGACUUGGAUACAGAGGUUGUUAAGGUGAUCGAUCCUCAUGAUCUGUCUCAGCGUGCUCGCUGGACAAUAAUUGCCACCGCAUGUUUGUUACUGCUAAUGUGCCUCAUGUUGAUUGGAGUCACUUUGCGUAUGGCACCGAUAAUCGAUGAUAUGGUGCGACAGGAGAACGAGCGCAACUUCCGCGAGAAUCUGGAGCGCACCUGGAUGAUGAAGAACCGCACCGAGCUGAAUCUGCAGCGCCAGCAGAUGGAGAUGCAGCCGCAGCACGUCGUUCCAUGAGCGGAAGGAAGGAAGUGACGCCGCUGGAGCAGAUGCGACCGGAUGAGAUGUCAGCACGAGCUGGAAAUGUCAGCGGUUGGCAGCAAGGACAACAAGUUUGUGGCAGGAAGCCGGAGGACCCUUCUGCCCCCCACUUCCUGAACGCCCCCAACUCCCUUCCUGCCCCGCCCAAUCAAAGUUAUGCGCACAAAUGCUACAAAGAAUAACAGAGAGUACGAGAAAUCGAAUCAAAAGAAAUUGUUAACUAAAAAAUAAAUGAGGAUGGAGCACUCCGAAGUGCUCGGCUAAAGCUAAGCCUAAUGCUAAUUGUAGUUAAGUCUGCCCAGGCGGAAAUCACUUGUUUUAUAUCUAACUGAGAGGUAGACUCCACUUAGAGCAAACCAAAUAUAAUUCAAUGGUCGAGAAAAUCAAAAGUGAUGCAGUUUAGUCAAUAGUUAAAGCGUUGUUUAUAGAGUAACUUCGAUGACAUUUUAAAUAUUAGAUCGGCAACGUUCUGGAACUCAAAUUCAACCUUCUCCCCAAAUUUAAAUGCAAUUGCAAAUGUGUCUAACCAUAGGCAAUAGUCGUUUUUAUUCCAAGAACCCAAUGUACAAAAGUAGUACUUGUACUGAUUUUCACUGCCUGACCUAGGCACAUUUGCAAUUGGAUUUAAGCAAAAGUAGUAUUGCAUUAUAAUUUAUAAGCUAAUUUGCCACUGCAAUUGCUCAGUUUGAAAAAUUAGAAUUAAUUUGAUAAUAAGUAUGAAUUCCCCAUUGAAAUUGAAGUUGUUUACCAGAACCAGCCUGAUUGUCCUGUAAUUAUUGCGCCAAGGAUAUGAUCUACUUGGGGCUGCAGGACGACGCCAAACGGAAGGAGCAAUUAAGCGAAAGGUUUCGAUUGUUCAGUUGAUUAGCCAAAUGGUUUCAAUUUUUCUUCAGCCAAGCUUUUCCUUUGGUUUUCCCACCCGACAAAUACCCCCCUGAAUGGCGUCGACAGGCAGCUGUCGAGGAAAAAGAGGAGAAAAGUUGGUCAAUAGUUACGUCUGAAACUAAGUUGUUAACUGAAAAAGUACUCCUAAGUAAAUGUUAAUAGCAAUAAACAACCGAAAGUUUUUGUAUCUCUUAGACGUUGAAGAUGUUGAAGCGGAGUUGGAAGAAAAGCGCAAGCAUAAGUAUCAAGUAUUCCACGAUAGAUUUUGAGUAAAACUACAAUUCAUAGGUUAACAAUAAUUGUAAAGGAGCAAGGAAACAUUCAAUAGAUUUACUCGAACUUCGAAGUCAACUUGUGCCAAUGAAAAAAGCCUACAAAAUCCUAAUGAGAACCUGCAAUAAAUGUGGCGUAGCGUAACUUAAUAAACAAUUGAAUAACAAAUGCGAGGAGAAGUUAGAUAUUUAGCGGAUCGAUGUGAAACUGUUACUUAAGUGCAAAACGAGCUUGUUGUCGAAUUAAUUUUUAAACGGAUUAAACUAAGUGAAUCUAAGCUAAAUGUUAAAUGUUUUUUUAGGUGUUCAAUGUUACAAUUAUUUGUGGUCGAGCAGCCGACGAGCCAGAAUUGAUUGCCCAGCCUUCACCAAAUGAAUAAGUUUAUGAACCUGUGCUAACUCAGUUGCAAGUCAAACGACAAAUUUAGCUUGAAGCAAACUUCUAUCGGUUUCAGCCAACAGAGCGUUGCAGGCUUGAAAGCAAAGUUGAGAACGAACUUCCCUGACCGCCCAUCUCUUGGCCCAGUUGCCAAUUAGCCGGAUAUGUAUUUAUCAGCCUAAAUGUUUCCCAAUACUCGCCAGCCCGAUUGCACAAAGGUAAUUUAAUAGGUUUUUGGUCUCUGGCGUUAAAUUAAUGUGAGAUUCAAAGAUACUUUGUAGCCACAAAACAAAUUUACAUGCAUAAACAUCACAUGAAAACAAAGAGAAAAAUCACAAAGUGCAUCAUUUUAAGAAACAUCUUAAAAACAAACAAAUUUUUGUUUUUCCAUUCAAAACUGAUAUGGUUAACUCUUAACUAAAAACUAAAGCUAAAUUAUUUGCAAUAAAUAUCUGAUUAAAGAGCACAUGUUUCAAGUAAAUGAAUUGGUUUUAUAGUUGGACAGUACCAGCAUUUUCUUACAAUUAAUUUUCGCUGUAUACAAAUGUAUAUGUUUUUUGGGAAAUUCGGCGAGCAGGGAAGCGGAAGUUCAAUGGUGGGCAGGACGAAAACAAAUGGAAAGCUUUAAAUUAGCUCAAUAAAUUGUAAACUUAAACAUUUAAUCUACUUAGAGUGGGUCGUUGUUAAAUGCAAUGCAAGUACAUCUGGGACAAAGAAUCACACACACCUCAUUCAGAUUUGUAAGAUACGCAUUUUGGCCCAGAAAGCCAUUCGAAUUUGACCACAAACACACACUGGCUAAAACAGAGGCUAAAAUAAUCAAAUUUGCGCCAGGCAGCCACAAAGGAUAUUUAGUAUAAACAAUCAAACAACAAUGUACUUAGUAAUUGCAUUUAACACGUGCGGCAGAGCAUAUCCACUAGGUUUGCAAAAUUGAUUUAACUGCAUGCUUAAACUAACGAAAGUAAACGGGAGAUUAACUGAAUGAAGGAGGUAGGGGAGACCUAAUUAAAAGAACACAACUAAUGUCUAUAAUUAUGGCUAGCUAAGUGUAAAAAUGUAAGCUGAAUUAUUAUACAAACAACUACAAUCGAAGCAAGUAAAUUGAUGUAAUUGAAAUACUCGAAACGUUCUAGGGCAAAAUACCAAUGAAUAUUGAAUAACGACACAGGUUAGACACAAACACGCAGCAAGCAUAAAUUAAUGAAUAACGAAAUUAUUUCUCGAGAAAAAAUCAAACUUUUUAGCCUUUGAACGAGAGACUUUUGGUGCCCAAUCCAGUUUGAGCAAUUAUUUACAAGUGAAAAAUGAAAGAAACACAAAGAAGGACACACACACCACACCACACAGGCAGAUGUAUUGUAAAUAGAGCCACAAACACACCAAAUGAGUAAAUACCAAGUAGGUACAUUAAUAACUAAUGAGGGGGCUUAUCCGAGUAAAUCAACAUUAAAUAAAUUAACAACGGAAUUCAAACAAAAGCAGGUAACUUCAACUUCAACUUGUGUGCAAGGCAUCAACUUUUACUGUUAAUUGUUGCUGGCAAUGCAAAACGCAGCGCCGACCGAAAAACGAAAACUACAAAAAUAAACCAUGAAAAAGCAAAACAAAUAUAUUUAAAAUACAUUUGAACGCCUUCAGCGUUUUAUUCAUCAAGCAAAGCAAGAAAUGUUGAAUCGAAAGAAAAAGUCAAACAAAGCCAUAAAAGCGAUAAAUCAAUUUGUGUCACCUGUGUAGUAAGUAUAUCUCAGUAUUUGUAACUGAACAUGAAAAGCGUUGAGGUGCAGGCAUCAACCACACAAAGAACAAACAAAAUCAAAUGAAAAUAAACUGAA